AUUUGUGUAUUUACAUGUUUUUUUAGGUGAUUAUGUCGACAGAGGUUCCUUUUCAAUCGAAGUAGUUGUGUUAUUAUAUGCUAUGAAAAUUUACUAUCCUACAAGAGUGUUUCUCCUUAGAGGAAAUCAUGAAUGCAAAUAAUUAACAAGCUACUUCAAUUUUAGAGAUGAAUGUCUAUAUAAAUAUGACUAAGAAGUCUACGAAGCUAUCAUGACAUCAUUUGACAAUAUGCCUUUGGUAGCCCUAAUAAAUAAUAAAUUCUUAUGUUUACAUGGUGGUAUAUCUCCAGAUCUAAAAUCAGUAUGAAUAGAAUAAUAUACAAUUAGUUAGCAGACGUUGAAAGAAUAGAUAGAUUUAGAGAACCACCGAAGGCGGGAUUAUUUUGUGAUAUUUUAUGGGCUGACCCAGUCGAAAAUGAAGAACUUUAUGAUGAAAUUCAUUAUAGAGGUAAUGAUACUAGAGGUUGUAGUUGGUUUUUUGGAGAAAAGGCAGUUCAACCAUUAUUAGACAAUAAUAAGUUUAUUUGCUUAAUUAGGGCUCAUGAAGCUUAAUUAGAAGGAUAUAGAUUAUAUAAAUACAAUGAAAAAAUAAAGGAGUUCCCUUAAGUAUUGACUAUAUUUAGUGCUCCUAAUUAUUGCGAUGUAUAUAAUAAUAAGGCAGCAAUUUUAAAAUUCGAAAAUUGCACACUUAACAUCUCAUAAUUUGGUUACUCUUAGCAUCCAUAUUUGCUACCUCACUUUUUAGACAUUUUUUCAUGGUCGAUACCAUUUGUUACAGAAAAGGUAACUGAGAUGCUUAAUUAUGUUUUAUAACCAAGACCUGGUGAAAAAAUAGACGAUUCAGAUGAUGAAAUACCAAAUGCUUAAGUUAUUAUCAAAUAAUAAACAUUGGGAUAAUCUUAAUCUAACACUCGUCCUUUAGGAAAGUUACAGCAAAUAACCAAAAAAUAAAUUGAUAUAACCAAAUCAAAAAUCUCUUUUGUUUCCAAAAUGAUGAAAAUGCAAACAGUACUCAGGUAGGAAAGAGAAAAUAUCAUCAAAUUAAAAGGACUAUGUCCUGAUAAACGUAUUCCAAGAGGAGUCCUAUUAUAAGGAGCAGAAGGAAUUAAAGAUGCCCUUGAACAUUUUAAUACAACCAGGGCUGCAGAUAGAAUCAAUGAAAAAUGGCCAGAAACUAAAUGA